AUGAUGGCCACAAUGAUGAAUCAUCAUAAACGAAAUACCAGCAGAGACAAUAGUUACAGCAACGACGAAUUCUCUUUUCAAGAAAGUGCUGAUCCAAAGUUGAUCGUCGUAGAACACAUCGACGAGAAUAAUCUCUCCUUGUUGGAAUCAUCAAACCACGGCGCCAAAUAUCUACAUGAGGACCCAAUCAAGAAUAACAAUAACUAUGAAUUUGGUGAAGAAGAGGAAGGGGAUUGCACAACGAUCACACUAUCAACGACCACAAGCAACAGCGACGAUCGGAGUGGGAGCCGCUCGGACUGCAACUCUCCCGUCAAAGCUACAAAAAGAUUGCUAGUGAAUCCAUGGGCUGCUCGUUUUGUCCCAACACAUCAUACACAACAACAACAAGGGGAAGUGACAAUUCCGUUGCCACUGACACUGGACCAAACACAUACGGUUUCGCCCUUGUCGACGCCAUCUCCCACCAAUCAAAAGUCGAGAAAGGUAUUUACGGAGGAUCAACAACUGCCACCAUUGAAACAAUUUGGAGCCAAAUCGGAUGCACCACUUGUUGCAGCCCUCCAAAUACAGUCCCUCGAAGCCAUCAUGGCCAAAAAGAAGAAACAGAAUGAAGACCGAUGGGGACACUGGUGGAGCAAGGAACAGCAAGAAAAGGAACACCAGGAACAACAACGACAACAACAACAAAUGGAAGAAGAUAGUACUAUGACGGCCGAGUCAACUACGUCAUCAUCAAUGAAGAGCACUGGGGAGAAGAGUGCAAGCUUUCGCUGGGGUCGCUUUUUGGGUAGCAGUAAUAAUACUCUGGAUGGAGACGAAACCACCGCCACAACAGCGGAAGAAGAAGAAGAAGAAGCAGAUUGCAAGUCUCCGAACUCUCAAAGGCAACAACGAAAAAGCUGGAAGCAACGAUUUUCGUUCCAGCCUUCCCACCAAAUGGACACCAUGCUGGACGAUAUUGACGAUCCCUACCUGGAUUCCAUUUCUCUCGGCAGCGAAUCAUCCAGCAGUAGCUAUGGUGACGGGAGCAUUUCUAGUGUCUAUUCGCUAGAACAAGAAGAAAGCAGCACUAAUGAUGAGGACACCAAGAAGUCCCAAAUCAAAGGGAGUGAAAAUGACAUUACUACUAUUCCUACUACACGUCACCGUCGACGGUGGUCGCGAUUGUGGAGGGCACAAGAAUUCUCAUGUGAUUCCUCUCCCACGGUUCACAUGAUUUGA